ACAAUUGACUUAAUGAUGAUGAGACUUGCGUAAAGAAUCAGGUAUUUACAUGUAUUUUAUCCUCAUUCAUUAGGCUAGACGGUAUGGGACCGUCCCGCAUCGUCCUCCAUCCGUCGCCGUUCACCUCUCCAUUCCUGGCCCUCCGUCGCCGUUCCUUCCGCGUCGCCAACGUCGGGGUAAGGACGUUUGAGACGCUCACAAAAGGACAAAAAGGUUAGGGUUUGACCAAUCUCCGGUAUGUGUUUCAUCACCGGUCGUGUUCAGUCCCUAUCAUCAUCACCUUCUGUAGCUCAAUCGGAACUCUCAUCUACACCUCCGUGCCCUACUUCCGUUUCCGAUCAACUACCGAUCUCCGGGUUUCGACGCACGGCGACGUCAGAGCCAGUUUGUUUCAACAAUCAGAGGCGAAGGAGAUUUUUAGGUUUGCUUUGUUCCCUGUUGCGACGCAGGAGACCGGCCGUGAAUAAACGAGCUGUUGCCGCCUCCCGCCUCUUUCGUGAACCAACCACCAUUCGGAGCCGCUGCUAGCUUCACUCGCCUGAGCCGAGGAGCUACGCCACCGGCGCUACCAUCUGUUAGUGUAAAUCGAUUCCAUCAUGGCUAACUUUUUAACUCAAUUAAAAAACGUUGAACACCUCAUCAAAAUUUGGUCUUGAUUAUUGCCUCUAAGUUUAUUGAAUCAAAUUUCGAAUAUGUUGAAUGGGUUAAAGAAUCUGUAGAUUGACUCAUUUCCAAUGUCAAAUGCUGCAGUUCCAAGGAGCAUUAAGGAUCAUGAGGGUUGAUGUUGGGCACCAGUUCUUUUCACCAUGUGAGAUGGUUACUGUAGGUUUUCAUAACCACUGGCUCAGUGGAAUUGAUUACAUUGGGGCAAGUUUUCAACAGUGUUUGGAUAAUGUGUUUCACUGGUUUGAAAAGAAGAAAAAGAAAAGUUCGAUGGUUGUAGUAUUUUCAAAUAGGAGAUGGAAAAGAGAAAAAAGAGAAGCAAACCGAAACACCAUCAAUAUACAUUGUCUUUGUUUGUUACCUUAGCGUAACCCGUCCAACAGACGGGUAUUAAACUAGUUAUAUUUGAAACCUGCCAAGAACCGAACCAGUCUCAGAUAAGAAACUUCAUCUUCCUCUAUUGUUCGUUCCAUCAAUGGCGUCCUCAACAUUAACCACCUUCUUAUCCAUCUUCACACCAUUCAAAUCUCCACCAUCACACCUCUCAUUCUCAACAUCUUCAUCUCCAACCAACAACAACAACAUCAAAGAAGCGUUUGCUCCACUCGUCACUUGUUCCAGUUCGAAUGAUUUGAUGUCGGUCGUGUGUCCGUCACUGGCGCACGCUAACACUCUGUUUUUCCGAUCAGCGUACAACGUUCAGGUUGUUGUUGAGGAUAAUGAGCCGGAGGAGAAGCUUCUUGGAAGGUUCCGUAGAGAAGUUAUGAAAGCUGGAGUUAUUCAGGAGUGUAAGCGUCGUAGGUAUUUUGAGAAUAAACAGGAGGAGAAGAAACGGAAACAUCGCGAGGCUGCUAAGCGAAAUCGACGCAGACGCGGCCCUUUCAGAAAUUUUAAUGAUGAUAAGGCGGAAACUGUGAACAAGAAGAGGGAUGACGAUAAUGAUAACUGGGAAAUGCCUGAGGACAGCCCUCUAAAUUGAGUCCGGCCAAUUUUCCUUUUUUUUCCUGAGAGAACGGGCUAGAUUCCUUUGCGAAAUCAUGUUAUGAUCCUAUGAUGUACGGUGUAUAUUUGUUGUUUAGAAAUUAAUAUUCAUUGAUCAUAUUAUUUGAUUUAGUGCAUCACUCCUAGUUA